CUGCAUACAUUGUGGUGCUGAAGUCGCCUUCUGUCUCUUGCGCUCUCCUCCUCUUUGGCUGCGAGCCUUCCACGGGCAGAAUGGUCAGCGUCUAGGCCUAUAUGCCGCCUGCCUGCUCAGCAUCAUCUGCUCUUUCCCCCACCCUCUGGAAGAUCUGCAGCCACUGGGCGGUAGCGCUGCCCUUUCAGCGCACCCUCGCGAUCGCAAGCAGGCAUGAAGAUCCUCUGCGUAGCCGAAAAGCCCUCCAUUGCAAAGAGCAUCUCCUCCAUCCUAGCCCACGACGGCGGAUUUCAAUCUCGCCCUGGCAAGGACAAGUUCUGUCGCAAUUUUGACCUGCAGUACAAUUGGGGCGGCAGAGAUGGAUGGGUGGACAUGACUGUCACGAGCGUGAGGGGACAUUUGACAGAGAAUGACUUUGGGGAGAGGUAUAGACAGUGGGGCAGUUGCGAUCCCUUGGCGCUAUUUGAGGCGCCGGUGGAGACGAAGCUGAGUAAAGAUGGCGAAGCAAUUGCUGCCAAUCUCCGUCAAGAGGCUCGCAGGGCUACCAUGCUCAUGAUUUGGACCGACUGCGAUAGAGAAGGCGAGCAUAUCGGCGCUGAAGUGGUGAGAGAAUGUCGCAAGGCCAACCCGCGGAUCCAAGUCAAGAGAGCUAGGUUCAGCGCUAUCAUUGCCAAUCAGAUCCAUGCUGCCUGCAGAGAUGCUGGAGAAUUGGACUGGGCUGCUGCUUCGGCUGUAGAGGCGAGGCAGGAGCUGGACUUGAGAGUUGGGGCUGCAUUGACGAGACUGCAGACGACGAAUCUGCAGAAUGCACUGCCGGAGCUGGGCCGGAGAGUCAUGAGUUAUGGACCCUGCCAAUUUCCAACUCUGGGCUUCGUCGUCGAUCAGUAUGAAAAAGUACGCAACUUCGUCUCUGAGGACUUUUGGCACAUCUCCGUUACUCUGAAGAGAAGAGAAGCUCCGGGACUGCCAUUGCAGACGGUCACAUUCACCUGGCGCAGAGGGCAUCUCUUCGAUAAGCCGACGGUGGAAAUGCUCUACGAAGGCUGCAAGGACAGCAUGGAUGCACUUGUCACCAAAGUGACCAGCAAACCGACGAGGAAGUUCAAGCCAUACCCACUGACUACGGUUGAGCUGCAAAAGUCGGGAUCACGUCUGUUGCGCAUGGCCCCCAAGAGAAUACUUGACCUGGCUGAGGCAUUGUACAACAAGGGAUUCCUGUCCUACCCACGAACAGAGACAGACCAGUACGAUGCGCAAUUCGAUUUCCACUCUCUUAUUCGGAAGCAGACAUCAGAUGGAGAGUGGGGGGCGCACGCCCAACGCCUUCUUGACGGGGACGCCUACGAGCGGCCGAGGAAUGGCAAGAAGAACGAUAAGGCCCACCCACCCAUCCACCCAACUGCCCAUGCGAACAGUCUCUCAGCUGAUGAGAAGAGAGUGUACGAUUAUGUCACCAGGCGCUUCCUGGCAAGUUGCUCCAAGGACGCUACAGGAAAGCAGACUAAUAUCGAAAUCGAACUUGCGGAAGAGUACUUUGGAGCAGGUCUCGUCAUUCACGAGCGCAAUUACCUCGACGUCUUUCCCUACGACAAGUGGGGAGACUCGCUCUUGCCUCCAUUUGAGGAAGGCGAGCGGUUCAGACCCAGCACGUGUGUACUCAAAGAGGGCUCUACCAGCGCUCCCAAUCUCCUCACGGAGGCCGACCUUGUCAAUUUGAUGGACAAGAAUGGUAUCGGCACAGAUGCCACGAUCGCUGAGCAUAUCUCGAAAGUCAUUGCACGAGAGUAUGUAGAGGCGCGACAGAUGGGAAAGACUACCUAUCUGAUGCCUUCGACUUUGGGCAUGGGCCUGGUAGACGGCUAUAAUGGAAUUGACUUUGAGAAAAGUCUUUGUAAGCCUUUGUUGAGAAGAGAGACCGAAUUUCGGAUGAACCUCAUCUGCGAAGGCCAGCGCACUAAAGAUCAGACGUUGGAAGAAAGUAUUGCAGAAUACCGAGCUAUGUACCUACAGACCAAGCAGAACUUGGCACAGCUGAUCGAUAGUGUGCGAAGAUAUGUCAAGGGCGAAGAAGGUAGCGACAGCGUGCCUCAAAGGCGGCCGACGCGGCCGGCGAAUGGUAGAGCUCCUGGACAUGGAUCUUCAGAUGAUGACGAGAAUGACGAUGACGAUGACGAUCGAGGCGGCGGUGGUGCUUCAGCUGCUCAGGGCCGAGGGUCGUCAUCACACCAACGAUCCGUCGCUACGGCUGCCGCUCCAACAGCGCGAACCGCCCCCACUCGCCCUCCGCCGCCUCUGCAACGCACCUCGUCUACGGCCUCUGCUUCUAUGCGGCCUCCUUUCACCAACAUGCAAGACAACCAUCAGCCCCCACAGUGUCGCUGUGGCGAAGCAGCUGUGAAGCGGACGGUGGUGAAGGAAGGUCCCAGUAAAGGCAAGAAGUUCUGGAGCUGCGAAAAAGGUCAGUCAGAGGGGAGCUGUGGGUUCUUCGACUGGGCAGUCGACGAUCAAGGGGCUGUAGCAGGUCCUAGCAGAGCAAGUGACACCAACAGUAGAGGGUCUUGGACCUCGCGCGCACAUGAGCAGGACGAAUCUCUGCCUGCCUGGGCUGUUCGGCGUGCAAACAAUGGCCCUAGUAGCAGAGCCACGUACGCUGCUCCUGCACCUCGCAGUCCGUCUCCUGAGAUUGCGGUCCUGCGUCCAGCUAGUCCUCCUCGAAGACUCAGAGGCCCCGUUGCUCCUACAUUUCCACCUCCGGCUCAUCACCUCAACGGAAACGGCAAUGGCAUUGCGAGAUCAGCCCCCUCGCAUCCAGCACCUCAAGCUCAGACUCUGUCGCGAGAGGAAAUCGAAGCACGAAACGACGACAUUGCCCUCCUAGACGAGCUGGCCGCCAUGAGUUCCCAAGGCAACGAAAACGGCUUCGACGAUAGCGCCGAUCGUAUCGAGGCGUACCGCGCAUGGUUUGCCAAUCUCGCCGCCGAUACAGGCGGAGGUUCCUCCCCCUCGACUUUUGGUGAGACGAAUGCAAACGGCAACGGCAAUGACAAUGGCAAUGGCAAUGCUAGAGAGAGAAGAAAGCGCUGCGACUGCGGUCUUGAAGCAAGUCUCAAGACGGUCUCUAAAGAAGGGCCCACAAAGGGACGAAGAUUUUACUGCUGUCCAAAGGAGAAUGCUUCGGUGCGCUGUAGGAUGUUUGAAUGGGAGGAUGAUGCAGAAGACGAGGGUGGUGACGAUGGGUGGACAUAUGAGAACGCACGCGAGCGCACACGAGGAGCUGGCGCCUAUGGGGGCGGGGGCGGAGGCGGAGGUGGCAGUGGCGGAGGGACGUCAGGUUCCUGCUACAAGUGCUCCAGAGAGGGACACUGGGCAAAGGACUGUCCAGGCGAAUCUGCUUCUACUUCUGCUGGUCCUUCUCGCAGCCGCAACAAUGGCGGCGGCGGCGGCGGCGGUGGUGGUGGAGGGGGAGGAGGAAUCUCCCGAGGUGGCGGACAAUGCUUCAAGUGCGGUGAGGAGGGUCACUGGUCCUCUGACUGUCCCAACGAUGGGCCCACCACUACAGAUUACGGAGGCGGCGGUAAUCGCGGGAAUGGAGGCCGAGGCUUUUCCUCUUCGAGGAGAGGACGUGGUGCUCGAGCUGGUGGUGGUGGUGGACCUGGAAGUAGGGGUGGUAAGAGACGAGCUACGGGUGGCGGUGGAGGAGGAGGAGCGAGGAAGAAGAGGCGAUGAGUCGAUGAGGGGCCAAGGCAGGGUGCGGCGGAAUUCAAAGGAAGGCAACGAGCGAACUCUUGUACUAGUAUAACAAUUUCAGACAGACUGAAAAACAGAGAAUGAGAGUGUGCAAGCGCAUUGCAUUUGCUGCUGCUGCUG